AUGUCUUCCAGUCGUACUACUACCUGGACUACCACCAUCGGCUCUAUCCCCAUUACGGGUAGACAACCUUCGCCACCUUCGGCUCCAACUCGCCAUUCAAUGCUGGAUCCGUCUGAUGAGGAGCGGGAGCUCGAGCUCCAAUUGGAACAUACCAGGGAAAGGAACAGGAAGAGAAAGGAGGAGAAGAAAAAGGCCGAGGAAGAGGCCAAGCGGAAGGCAGAGGAGGAGGCUGCCGUUCAGGCUGCCAAUGCCAGGAGGAUGGAGGAGGAAAACGCAGAGAAGAGAAGGAGGAUAGCAGCAGCAGCAGCGGCUCGGAAUUGUCGGGGGCCCUCACCAGGUGAGGCUACUACUUCUGCUCGUAGAGUGGAAGUGGCCAUCCCUUGUGUGGUGAAGAAGGGAAAGGCCUCCCAGGGGAACGAGGUUAGUGGCGGAGAACCGGAUGACGGCGACGAAGACGACGAAGAUUGA